AUGGAUCAGGACAACAACGACCUCAAGAAGAAGAAGAGGAAGAGAAAAGAUAAAAGCAAAGAGAAGAAGAGUACUGAGAAAGUCGUAACCAAUGAAGAGCAGAAGCAGAAACAACAACAACAACAAAAACAACAAGGGAAUGGUAGCAAUCCAAGCAAGAAGAAGAAGAGACAAGAGUCUUGUCCUUUUGGAAACUACAAAAACUACUAUGGCUACAGAAUUAGCAAUGAUAUGGAUGAGGAUCCUCGUCUUAAAGUGUUGAAGAAAGAAUGGUUUCAAGGCAAGGAUUGUCUCGACAUUGGCUGCAAUAGCGGCGUCAUGACUAUCCAUAUUGCUAAGAAGUUUGGUUGCCGGAGCAUUCUUGGAGUUGAUAUUGAUUCAAGUCUCAUUGAGGUUGCACGCUGGCGUCUUAGGAAUUUUGUUCGGACGCAGACUUCUGCUAAGCCUUGUGAGAAGAAAACUGGUGCAGAUGGUUCUGAGGAGCAAUCUCUUUCUCUCUCUAAUAGCAGCAGCGCUGAAACUAAAGACCUGUUUCAGGUUGUGUCUUUUCAGAAAGAGAAUUUUGUUCAGACCCGAAACCUUGACGAGAAUCGUUAUGAUACAAUUCUAUGUUUGAGUGUGACAAAAUGGGUUCAUUUGAACUGGGGGGAUGAUGGUUUAAUCAACUUAUUUUCGAAAAUUUGGCGUCUUCUUAAUCCGGGUGGUAUUUUUGUAAUGGAACCUCAGCCUUGGAAAUCUUAUGAAAAAAAUCGCCGUGUCUCAGAGACAACUGCAAUGAAUUACCGAACGAUUGUCUUACGUCCUGAGCAUUUCCAAGAUAUUCUUCUUGAUAAGAUUGGGUUUAGAACAGUGGAAGAUCUUACAUCAAGCUUGUCAGGCGCAAGCAAAGGAUUUGAUAGACAGAUCCUUGCAUUCCAGAAAUGA